UUUUGCGGUAGUUUCGCGAUCUGCGUUACAUUAUGGCACGUGAUUCGAAAAAUCUUGACUUUACGAUGCACUAAGCCGAUAUGCGCUUUCUUUGAUACUCUAUUUUAUUCUUCAUUCUAAAGAUAUCUCUUAAUCAUGGGAGUUCGGAGAGUCGCGAUAACUGGUUUAGGGGUUUGUACACCUUUGGGUUUCAGUGUAUCAGAAUUAUGGGAGAACCUUUUAAGAGGAUCAUGUGGAAUAUCAAAGACACUUAAUGAAUUUUCUUUUCUACCUAGUCAUGUUUUUGGGAGCAUCGAUGAUCAGAAAUUAGAAAAACAAAAGUCUUUCGUAGAGUCCGAAGUCUACAGGACAUGUGGUGUAGAUAUUUCUAGUGACUGGAGGUCUGUAUCACGUGCUAGUGCUCUAGGUAUUAUUGCAACUAAUGAAGCUUUCAAACAAGUGAAGUGGAAGGUAAACUCAGGUUACCGAGCAGGUAUUUGUUUUGGAGUGGGUUUGGACGGUCCUAAUGAAGUUAUGAAUACGUCAUCAGGAAUUUUGGCCAAAAAAUACUCUACUAUUGGGCCUCAUGCUUUAACACGAACACUCGGUAAUAUUCCAUCAGGCAUACUAAGUCGAAUAUGGGGAUUACGUGGACCGUGUAUGACAGUCAAUACUGCAUGCGCUGCUGGUCUACAUUGCAUUGGUGAAGGUUUCCGGAUGAUUCAAAAUAACGAAGCUGAUCUGGUCGUUGCUGGUGCAUGUGAAUCUCCCUUGAAUGCAUGGACAAUCGCUGCUUUUUCUCGACUACGUGCACUAUGUACACAGUUUAAUGAUACUCCUGAACAAGCCUCUCGUCCAUUUGAUUCCUUACGAAAAGGAUUUGUAUUAUCUGAAGGUGCAGCUGCAGUUGUGUUACAGGCAUGGCCUCCUCCAAACGAUUUCUUAGUGGAGUCAUUUGAGGAAACACCGAAACCGAUAGCUGAAAUUAUUGGUUUUGGAAGGUCUGGAGAUGCACAUCAUUUAGUUGCACCUGAUACAACAGGGAAUGGAGCACUCCGAAGUAUGCUAAACGCAUUCAAAGACUCAAAACUUGAAAGUUUAAAUCAAGUUGGACACAUCAAUUGUCAUGCAACAUCUACUCCUGUAGGUGAUUUAACAGAGCUGAGUGCUAUUGCACAAAUGUUCGGUGAAUAUUUUACUUCUCAAGACAAUACACCUAUUGUAAUCAAUUCAAUUAAAGGUCACCUUGGCCAUUGUUUGGCUGCAGCUGGUGCCAUAGAAACCGUGUAUGCUGCUUUAUCUGUUAACCAGAAUCGAAUUUGUGGAAAUCUCAAUUUACACAAUCCUAUCUCGGUUUAUGAGUUGAUGGAGGUUUUAAAAUCUAAUUCCAAAUCUUCCUCCAGUGCUUCCUUUACUGAAAAAUGCAUAGAUCUGUUUAAAAACCAUGUUGUACUUCCUAGACAUGAUGAAGUACAGAUUGCAUGGCCAAAUAGUAAUCCACAUAUUGUUAUGGUCAAUUCAUUUGGAUUCGGUGGAACAAAUGGAACUCUUUUAAUUUCAGAAUGGACAGAUUAGCACAUGUAUUUUAUUUUAUUGUAUAGAUUUUAUCCAAUCAUUUAUUAUUAACGAUCAAGUUGUUUUAGUGCAAAUAGUGCUAAGUGUUAGUUUAUUUACUUAUCAGAUAAAUCCGAAAUGAAGGAUAUCAUCAAUAUACAGCCACUAAAUUUUCUUAAACUGAUUUACUUGGGUGUACGAAGAAAUUUAAUUAUUAUUUUAUGCAAUUAAUCUCUUGAGUAAAUAUCUCAGUCAGAUUAAUAUUUGAUGAACCAACUAAACUAAUUCAAUUCUACUUGUUACUUACCAGAUGGAUAUAACUUGAUUGAUCAUUCAUUUUACUUUGAUAAUUCCUCAUUUGAUUAUGGGAUUGUUUCUUCGUUAUAUGCAUCAUUUUUGAUCCCAUUCAAGAAUUAUUCAUCUUGUUGUAUAAAUAUGGUCAUAGACCGAAUGAAUUAUGUUCUACUUCAUACUAUAUUUCAUAUUCCCAAGUUUUGUUUUCUAUACAUAGUUUAUAAAUCCUA